AUUCAUUCAGUCAAUAAAGCAAACCAGUUGUCUAUGUUAUGUAGAAUAAUGUAGAUGUAGUACUACAUUACUAUUGUCUAACUGUAGUACUUCUUAAACAGAAACAUAAACAAAUUAAAUUAAAAACUUAACUAUUAAACUUUAUUUAGUUUUGUUUUUCAAAAUAAACAUGGAUUAUGAUGCCCCAGUUAUAUAUGGCCUUGAAUUUCAAUCUAGAGCUCUGACAUCUUACUCAGCUGAAAAUGAUCUUGUUCAAUUUUUUGUGGGAACGCAAUCUCUACGAUGUACAAAUCAGAUUCACUUGAUAACAUUCGAUGAUGAGGCCAAUUCCAUUAGCAAGCAAAUUUUCAACCAUCCGGAGGGUGAAAUAUGGUCAUUAGCUACACCACCAUCUCAGAAAAACAUCCUUACUUCAGUUUACAGCAAAGUGAAUGGAAACAAGACAGAAAUGCAGGCCACUGUGUGGAAAUUUAUUUCAGAAGAUGGCGACAUUAGCAUUUCUGAUGAAGAAAACACGAUCACAUCAACAUUAACUGAAAUCUUCAAGAUUAAUAAUUCAGAUCUUGGUGACAUUAAAGGUUUUUUGUGGUAUCCAUCUGUUGAAAAAAAUGACUUUGUAGUUCUCAUAGAGAACCACAUUCAACUCUACUCACUUGAUAUUAAUGGCUCGAGUGCUGCAUUGAUAUCAGAGACAAUGAUUGAUGGCAAGUUGCAUCCCAAAUUUACAACCGGCAUCUGGGACCCACACCACAACUGCACAUCCAUUGUAACUGCACAGGAUACUUCCGUCAAGGGUUGGGAUCUCAGGAGUAUGAAGCAAACGUACACAAUAGAGAAUGCACACACCUACCUUGUCAGAAACCUCAGCUACAACCCAAACAAGCAAUAUUAUGUUGCAAGUUGUGGUGAUGACUGCAAAGCCAAAUUCUGGGAUGUUAGAAAAGUCAAUGAGCCAGUUAAAAUUCUGAAUGAUCAUUCCCAUUGGGUGUGGAACGUUAAAUACAAUCACUUCCACGACCAGCUUGUGCUCACAUCAAGUAGUGAUGGUACAGUACUCCUCAAUAAUCUAUCAUCAAUUUCAUCGGAACCAUUUGGGAACCUUUUAAAUGAUGAAGAUGGCGACGAUGACAACGAGGCGGAUAAGAAUGACCACCAUUCAACUCUGGCGGACGGAAUAGUGAUGCGCUAUGACGAGCACGAAGACAGUGUAUAUGCCUUGGAGUGGUCGUCGUCUGAUCCCUGGUUGUUUGCUUCCUUGAGUUACGAUGGUCGACUCGUUAUGAGCAGGGUGCCGCGAUCAAUCAAGUAUCAAAUAUUAUUAUGAACAUCAAUGAAUGCUGCAUGAAUGUACUUCCAAUAUAAAUCUUAAUAUAAUAAUUUAAUUGUAAAUCUUUCCAGUUAUAUUAUGUUAAUUAUAUUGAUUGUUGUACAAAGCUCAAAAAC